AUGAAGGUAACGAACGAAAAAUCUAGGCCUUUAGGAGCCACCCCCACGCGCGGGGGUGGCGCGGGCGGCGGCGCCGUCGCCACCCCCGAGCCCUCCCUGCUGCGCUCGCUGCGCCGCCGCUCGCUGCGCGCGCGCAGGGCCAAGUCGCUGCUGCUGCCCUCGCAGACGCAGGAGAAGCGCAAGUCGGGUGAGUCGAGCGAUAAGUCGUGUUCCACGGCGCUAUCUUUCACGUGUCAGUGCGACGAGGUAGUGUCGUUUGCAAGAGUUGCAUUGCUCGUUGCUUCAUGUCAUCCACGUGUCAUCCAAGUUAAUCGACCAUUGUACCCGGCCGCCGCCCCCCCCUCUCAGCCGAAGUCCGUUACGCCCCGUGCGUGGCAGGGCGCCCACCUGCCGCCGCCGCCGCCGCCAGGGCUCGUGCCGCCGGCGCGGCGCGGCGCGGGCGGAGCCAGCAGCGCUCAGCCGUGCCUGCGUGGGGGCGUGCGUGCGUGCUUGCGGGCGGCCGGCUGGCUGGCUGGCCGACUGACUGGCUUCCGCGCCAACACGGGGUCACGGCCGUAG